UGCGCUGGUGUCACCCCCUUGACCUCCUUCUCGUUACAGGGCCCUGGCUGAGCUAAUGCCUGAAAGCUGCCAUUGCUCUUCUGGGCUGCAGUGUUGGCCCUGCCCGCUUUGGGUUCUGAGCCCCCCGGGAUCCCUGCACCCACAAGGUAUCCUACGCCGCCAAGUGGAAGCCCUGAGGUCAGCAGUGGGCACUGGGUGCCGACCCAGCUGGCCAACCUCUGCUCAGCCUGCAGCUAAUGCCCAGCUUGGAUCCCACUGCUGCCACCAAUUUGGAUGCAUGCACCUCCUGCUAGCUGAAGAGGAGCCAUGGCUGCCCCUGGCUCCACCCCCUGGUGACCCGCUGCUCAGCAACCCUUGCGCCACUCAGAGCCCCCGUCUCCUUUCAGCAUUGUCGGGGAUUGCCAGUGUCAAUCUUUCCCAUUUCUUGGCUUUUUCCAAACAAUAGAGGGGUCCCACUAUCAACAGCCCCCCCAUACCUGAUAGGUGGCUGCACUGACCUUGCUCUGCAUGAGCCAGCCAGUGUAAGCCAAGUCCUCGCUACCCUGAGUUCAGCUUUGGGACAGACAGACAGACAGGAUCUUUGGGUGUCCAAACACAACCCCCUUUGGUCGACAUGGCAGAUUUCUCAUUAGAGCGUGCCGAGUGUCAACGGCAGCCCAGGCAUUCGCACCAACGACUGAUUCGCACCAGCGAUUGAUUCGCACCAACGAUUGAUUUGCAUUGUGCCCAGAUGCCAGCUGGGCAGACGUUUCCCAGCCGGACAGACUCUGUGCCGUGUGUUGUGAAGUCAUUGCCUUCACGGGUACACGUUUAACCGUUUAAUCGAUGAGCUGAUGCUUAUUGUGUUUUAAACAAUUAAACUCACCAUUCGGGGCCCCACCGGUAGCGAAGAGCCCGCUGGGAGCAGGGCUGGCUGCCACACCUGGGAGGGGGCGGAGCUACAUCCAUGAAAACGUUUAACCGUUAACCGAUAGAAUUUUGACCUGUUACAUGGUUAACAUUUUUCUAUAUAAUUUUACAUCCCUCCCCUGCAUCAGCCCCUUUGAAGUGCUCCUGCCCUGGGACUGUGCUGGCCCAUAUCCCUACUUCGGCCGUGCCGCGGCUGAGAAGGUAGCCACCGCGUGGGUCUGAUCAGCGGCCCCUGAUUGCCUGGCGCUGUGGGCAGUAGGGAGUUUACGAGCCAGUGGGCUGCGGUCGUUUGAAAAUCCCACUAGAUACCUAUCUGCAUUCGCAGACGCCCGUAUAGCUUUAAACCUUUAUCCCGUAAUGCUCUCUGAAUGCCAGCGUGAGCCAGGCACCUAACUCACUUACACACGCUCGUGCAUCCCAUGAGGCACCUCUGUGGAUUUGCCAGUGCCUCACACGUUUGCAAAUCUGCCCUUUUUCCUUUCUUCCUGUGUGCCGAUAGAGGAGAAUAUUCUUUUCGACCUCACACGGGAGCAGGGAGGAGAAAUUCUUUUAAGAUUCUGGUGUGCCCGGAGAUAGUGGUGGUAGGAUACCGGUACAUGGCCAAGGUAGGACCUCAUCAACACUUGGUCGUAACUCGAUCUGUUCGUAGGUUGGACCCCAUUCAUUUACAUGUGACCGCGCUGUACGUAAGUGCGGAUCGCGUUCGUAACUUGGGGACCGGCUUGUAAUGCGCCUAAUGGGAGGUUGGUCAUAAGUACGAACGGCCGCAAGUCAACGCGUUCAUAACUCAGAGACUACCUGCAUCUCAUCAAAUGUACAGAGAUGCCGAGGUCAACAGUUUUACCGUCUGCCGGCUUUUCCUUGGAGGUUCGAUGUUCUCCGUCAUUAAAGGGAUUGUUCGUACACUCUUUGGUGGCCUUACAAGAAACGGUCCCUUCCCGCUCAUUUUAAAUUCCCAGCAGCAGAAAUGCCAAGGGAAAUCUCAUCCUGUUCUAGAAAGGAACAUUUCUGUUGGAUCAUUAACGAUCGGAACGAGUCGUUUGCUCUUUCAUAAAAAAGGCAAGGCCGACGAGUCCAUCCAGACAACCCAUCUGAAGACGCCUUGGGAAGAUGCCUGUCGAUCUGGAUUCUCAUACAUCCUAGGACAUUAGGCACGGUGAAAAAUGUUACCUGUUAAAUCCCAGCCGAAGUGAACAAGUGUGAUUUAGCUUCUUGGCCCUUUGAGCUAUCAUGGAAGAAUCUAAUGCCCAAGAAAAAAUAAGCCGAGAUCCACUUGCUGGAGCCCAAUUGGACCCGUGAGACCACGUUUAGAGUUGCAAGCAAUGGAGAUUCCACCAGUUGUAUCAAGACGGUUUGCGGCGAAUGAAAUGUCAAGUCGUUUUGAAGCCUCCAGCCUCAGCAGCACCAGAAAACCGUUCACCGUCUCGAGGAUCCACUGAAACAUAACAUUAGUCGGCCUAUUCAUGGAAAACAGAGUGCAGGGAAACCAGACGGUGGUUGAAUUCCUCCUCUUGGGUUUUGGCCAUCUCCCUGACCUGCAGCCCCUCCUCUUCCUGCUGUUCCUCAUGAUCUACUUGGCGACCAUGGCUGGGAACCUCCUCAUCGUGGUGCUGGUGGUGGCCGAUCGGCACCUUCACACCCCCAUGUACUUCUUCCUGGGCAAUCUGGCCUGCUUGGAGAUCUGCUACAGCUCCGCCCUCCUGCCCCGGCUGCUGGCCGGGCUCCUGACCGGGGACAGGAGCGUCUCUGUGCAGGGCUGCCUGGUGCAAUUUUAUUUCUUCGGUGCUCUGGUGGGCACAGAAUGUUUCCUCUUAUCCGUGAUGUCGUACGAUCGGUACGUGGCGAUAUGCCACCCCCUGCGCUACGCACUCCUCAUGAACGGUCGGUUCUGCCUCCAUCUUGCAGUUGGGUCUUGGAUGAGCGGGUUCCUGGCCAUGAUCAUUAUAAUACUAUCGAUGGCACAGUUGACUUUUUGCGGCCCGAGAGAGAUAGACAGCUUCUUUUGUGACUUCAUCCCGAUACUACAGCUCUCCUGCAGUGAUCUCCGCGUGACGAAGGCGGUGGCUUUCAUCGGUUCUUCCGUGUUCUCCGCCGUCCCGUUCGUUUUAACUCUCACGUCCUACAUGUGCAUCAUCGCCACCAUCCUGAGGAUCCCAUCCACCGCUGGGAAGCAAAAGGCCUUCUCCACCUGCUCUUCCCACCUCAUCGUGGUGAGCAUUUACUAUGGGACACUCAUUGUCGCCUACAUGCAACCCAACACCGACGCCCUGCGUGACCUGAACAAAGUGUUCUCCGUCUUCUACACGGUUGUGACCCCUCUGGUCAACCCCCUCGUCUACAGCCUGAGAAACGCAGAGGUCAAGGAGGCCCUGAGGAAAGCGCAAUGGAAAUGCGUAACUUUAGUAAGCAAUGAGGAAUGUAGGGGGCCUUCGAGAGGUCAUCUUGUCCAACCACCUGUGUGGAGGCCAGAAAACCAAGGUCACCCCUGGCAAAUGAUUGCUCAGUCUCUUCCUAAAAAUCUCCAGUGAGGGGAAUCCCACAAGCUCCCUUAGAAGUUAGUUCCAGACCUUAACUCUAAUUAUCGCUACCUGGCUCAGGUCCUUAACUGUAGUACAGUAAAACCUUUGUUAUCCGGCACUCUGUUAACCAGAAAACAUUGUUAACCCGCAUUGCCCCCAGCCACAACACUGUCACAUCGUCAGGCACACAGGCCGGGCUGGGUUUAUCACGAUUGGCUUAACAAUUUUUUAUUUAAGACGUAUUAAUCAUCUUUAACUCAAAACAGACAUGAGAGAGUGACUGCCUCCCACUACAGAACUACCAACAUUAAAAACGUGAGUUUUACUAUUUUCAGAGUUGUUGACUCGAGUCCCACGACUUGAACUCGAGUCUGACGUAAGUCGCCGAGGUGACUCGA